UGACGCAGUACAUGUUCCAUGGCGCAUGUCAACUAAUAUAAAAAAGGAAGAUUACAAUUUUGGCGCGUAUUUAUAUUGUAAAUAAAUUAUUUAUUGUACGUGAUAUAAACAGUUGUUAUAAACAAUAUGGCAUUUUCGUUUGGAACUCCAGCGGUCACCUCUAAUAGCCCAAAUUUUGGAUUUGGGGCUCAAAAACCAGCAACAGGCUUCGGCUUGACCAAUACAUCGUUCGGAGCAACCACAACCGCAACGUCCAACACGUUAACGUUUGGUGCUCUGUCUGCUCCAACGACGACGAUAGGUCUUAAUUUCGGAUUUGGUACCACAACAACCUCCACACAAGCACAAUGCAGCGGUUUAAUUCUAAGCACCAAUGUGGUUACUACAACGACCACUGCACCCAGUUUAUUUCCUGCUCCUACCACAUCUGCACCUUUAUUUACGGGUCUUAAUUUUAGCACACCAGCUACAACGAAUACUCUAACGUUUGGCGCAACAUCUAAUACAACUGCAACGGGAAGUUUAACUUUUGGUACAGCUACCACCAAUACUUCUUUAUUCGGGACCGGUAGUGGAAGUACUUUAUUAGGCGCUAAAUCGACAAUCGCUGCCACUACUACAAUUAAUACAAAUAAAGGACUUGGUGGCUUAGACGUCUCGGUUAAUAAUAAAGGUCUUUCUCAAGGAAAUAGUAGUUCGACAGCUGCCAAAGAAAAUCUAUUGCCAAACGAGUUAAUGGAAACGAUAGCUAAAUUCAAGGAGUUUGUCAAAAUACAGAAGGGCCUAUCUUCAGAUAUCGCAAGAGGUUCGGCGAGACCGUUAACUCGAUGCGCGGAAGAUACAGCAUCCCUAAUGGAAAUUUUGUCUACUUUAUCCGGUUCGGUGCAACGGGACCGCUCUUCGGCUGAUAAACUGAAACAAGAUACGGCAAAGGCGUUGCAAAGCUCUGAAAUAGCUCAAAGAACUCACGACACUCCACCAGGCUUGCAAUAUGAAAAUAAUGCGCCUCUUCAUUUUUUCAUGGAAUUAGCUGAAAGCUUUGAGCACGAUUUGAUGUUAUUUAGAUCACAAAUUGAGACAACGGAAAAGCAUAUACAGGCUAUGAUGGCGCCGAGAACAUUAACCCCACAGGAAUUGACAAUGGCCAUGAAUAAACUUCACGAGUCUCUAGUCGCGGUUGCUGGCCGAUUGCAAAGCGUGCAUGCCAAGGUGCAGCAGCAAAAAGAACAGUAUCUUAAUUUCAGAAAAUAUGUAUUGAAGGAUAACACCAAUGUUUUUGAUAGUAUCAAGACAGACGGUAAAUCUAGUUGUAGCAGCAUCGGAAGGAUCACAAGUGGUCCCACACCCUUCGGACCAGGGAAUAAAAGCUUUUUGUCGUCAACGACAUUAAACUCGAACCGGCCGGCGAGUUAUGAAACACGAAAUCCUUUAGUUUGGGAAAGUUCGACACCGGUAUCGUCUGCUACUAACAUUGCUAUAGGCUCGUCAAUGAAACCACCAACUACAAGCUUAAAUUUUAACGCGCCGAUUAAUUUGACUGCACCAUUGCCAGUAAACGGAAGCAGCUCGAAUUUUCAACUACAAAAGCCCCCCGUUGGUAAUAAAAGAGGGAAACAUUGAUCGCUUCUCUUUCAGACAUGGUAAUUUUUCUAUCCUAUGUAAUUUUUUACAUUUGAAGAUCAAUAUAUGUAAAGUCUUUUUUUAUCAUUGAUGAUAUUAAAGCAUAUGCUGUAUCGUCAAUGUGUCAUUGUUACAGUUGUAUUUUUUUUCAAUAUUUGUAUAUUAAAAUGUAAUUUGUAACAUGCUUUAAAUUUAUACCUUACGUUAUAAAUAUUCUAUGUCUUGUAUCAACAUUUUCUUACUUACAUACUUUCAUCUUACUAAAUAUCUAAAGUUUAAUUCAAGUUAAUUUCAAGAGAAGUAAUGUUCUAAGGGGAGAGUACAUAUAUUGAAAUAAUUUUCUAUUAUUAUUUGAUCAACUCUUUUAUAUCUAUUAUACUAAUAUUCUUGUUUAUUUAUGAUUAUGUAUAUAUGAUUGUAUAUGCAUAUCAUUUUGUGUUCAACUAUGACAAAAUAUAAAGAUUAAUAACAGCACAUAUAUAUAUAAUAAACAUACAUGUAAAUACAUUAAACUCUAAUAAGUUGGUCCCUCUUUUGAAUAUAAAUAGAAAAGAUAAAAUAGAAAAUAUUUGUGAAGUGAAGUUGCUAUAUAGUCUAUACUUACAAUUGAAAACUAUGUAUACAUUUACACGUCUAAAUUUAAAGUAUAAAAAAUGUCAUUAUAUUUUUAUUACAUUUUAUCAAAUUGCACCAACUUGUAGAAUAGGGAUGAGGAGUUUAAAGGCAUCUUGAAGAUAUGAAUUUGCGUUACAUGCCUGUAUAAAAAAUAAAUUAUCAGUAUUAUAA